AUGGCGGCGCCUGCACGUAACCACGUGUGGGUUGGUACUGAGACCGGUAUUCUUAAAGGCAUAGAUCUGGUGAAGAAACAAGCCAUCAACUACACAGAAGUUUCCUCUCUGGACAGGGGACAGGAAGUGAAUGUCCUGUGCUUUGGAGACCCACAGGAAUCUGAGGUCUUACUGGGCAGCCAGGAUGGAGUAGUGAAAGUUUUCAACUGUGAAAAAUCAAAAUUUACAGAAUUUCAUGAAUGUAGAGGAGGAGAGGGAGUUUUCAGAGGGCUUGGUGUCGUGGACAAUGGCAUCAUUACUUGUGUAGACUCUGGACUUAUGAAAGUAUGGAAAGAAGGAUCUGAAAAUAAAAUGUAUUUGUAUCAGCUUGAGGUGCAGGUUGGUCCUGGAGUAGCAAAGAUGCGGCAGUGUGAUGUUCAGCGAAACAAAGUCGGGACUGGAGGAAAAGAGCAUGACCUAAAAAUCUGGGAUUUACAAAGAGCAGAGGAACCUAUCUUCAAAGCCAAAAAUGUGAGGAACGAUUGGCUAGAUCUCCGUGUACCUGUGUGGAUUCGUGAUUUGGAUUUCAUCCCAGAGACAGACAAAAUUGUCACCUGUACAAGCUACCAUCAAGUUAGAGUGUAUGACCCCAAUACUCCACAAAGACGCCCAGUUCUGGAGGCUUUAUUUGGUGAGGAUCCACUGACCGCACUGAGCAUUACUCCAGAUGGCAGGUCUGUAGUGGUUGGAAAUUCUCAUGGUAACAUGGGUGUAAUUGACUUGAGGAAAGGUCGCCUCUUAUGUUCCCUGAAGGGUGGCGCUGGUUCUGUGCGCUCCAUUCAGUGUCACAAGUCUAUGCCUGUUGUUGCUUCCUGUGGCCUAGACAGGUUUAUGCGGCUCCAUAGUAUCAAUGACAAGCAGCUUCUACACAAGGUAAAUAUCAUAGGGUUUAUGACCGAACAUUAG